ACAACGACAUGAUGACUGCCAAUAGAGCAAGUGAUUCGCCCCUGAGCCACUGUUUCUCCUGCCUCUGAUGUCGUGUAGCCGUAUGGCUGGCUGGUUUGUGUGCGAAUUGAUCAGUUUUCUAUGCGUGUCUGCGGGAAGCUCAGCUCAUCGAACUUCCUUGAAAGCAGUUGGGGCAAUUUCAGCAAAUCCAGUGCUGCGGGAUUUGGCACAGGGAUUCGUCGCUUCAUCCGCCUUUCAUCUUUUCUCAGAUCUCUCAGCUAGCUCUGCCCUCUUGCGCUUAGCCAUGGCUCGCACAGAUAGGGUCCUCGGGUUCCUUGUUCUAUGCGCUUUAGCGUGCUGCGCGUGGGCAGCAGAUGAUGCACCGAAGCUGGGGACGGUGAUCGGCAUCGAUCUGGGCACGACGUACUCGUGCGUGGGCGUGUACAAGAACGGGCACGUGGAGAUCAUCGCCAACGACCAGGGCAACCGCAUCACGCCCUCGUGGGUCGCCUUCACGGACGCGGAGCGCCUCAUCGGCGAGGCGGCCAAGAACCAGUUCGCCUCCAACCCCGAGCGAACCGUCUUCGAUGUCAAGCGACUCAUCGGCCGCAAGUUCGCGGACAAGGAGGUGCAGCGCGACAUGAAGCUCGUGCCGUUCAAGAUCGUCAACCGCGACGGCAAGCCGUACGUGGAGGUGCACGUCAAGGGCGAGAAGAAGGUGUUCUCGCCCGAGGAGGUGAGCGCCAUGAUCCUGGGCAAGAUGAAGGACACGGCGGAGGCGUACCUGGGCAAGAAGAUCAAGGACGCCGUCGUCACGGUGCCCGCAUACUUCAACGACGCGCAGCGGCAGGCCACCAAGGACGCGGGCGUGAUCGCGGGGCUGAACGUGGCGCGCAUCAUCAACGAGCCCACGGCGGCCGCCAUCGCGUACGGCAUGGACAAGAAGGGCGGCGAGAAGAACAUCCUCGUCUUCGACCUCGGCGGCGGCACCUUCGACGUGAGCAUCCUCACGAUCGACAACGGCGUGUUCGAGGUGCUGGCGACCAACGGCGACACGCACCUGGGCGGCGAGGACUUCGACCAGCGCAUCAUGGAGUACUUUAUCAAGCUCAUCAAGAAGAAGUACAACAAGGACAUCAGCAAGGACAACAAGGCGCUCGGCAAGCUGCGCCGCGAGGCCGAGCGCGCCAAGCGCGCGCUGAGCAACCAGCACCAGGUGCGCGUGGAGAUCGAGUCGCUCUUCGACGGCACGGACUUCAGCGAGCCGCUGACGCGCGCGCGGUUCGAGGAGCUGAACAACGACCUGUUCCGGAAGACGAUGGGGCCGGUGAAGAAGGCGAUGGAGGACGCGGGGCUGCAGAAGACGGAGAUCCACGAGAUCGUGCUGGUGGGCGGCAGCACGCGCAUCCCCAAGGUGCAACAGCUGCUCAAGGACUACUUCGACGGCAAGGAGCCCAGCAAGGGCGUCAACCCCGAUGAGGCCGUCGCCUACGGCGCCGCCGUGCAGGGCGGCAUCCUCAGCGGCGAGGGCGGCGAUGAGACCAAAGACAUUCUGCUGCUGGACGUGACGCCGUUGACGCUGGGCAUUGAGACGGUGGGCGGCGUGAUGACGAAGCUGAUCACGCGCAACACGGUGAUCCCCACGAAGAAGUCGCAGACGUUCACGACGUACCAGGACCAGCAGACGGUGGUGUCCAUCCAGGUGUUCGAGGGCGAGCGCGCCAUGACCAAGGACAACCACAACCUCGGCAAGUUCGACCUCACUGGCAUCCCGCCCGCGCCGCGGGGCGUGCCGCAGAUCGAGGUAACGUUCGAGCUGGAUGCGAACGGCAUCCUGAACGUGAAGGCGGAGGACAAGGGGUCGGGCAAGAGCGAGAAGAUCACCAUCACCAACGACAAGGGGCGCCUCAGCCAGGACGACAUCGAGCGCAUGGUGCGCGAGGCGGAGGAGUUCGCGGACGAGGACAAGAAGGUGAAGGAGCGCGUGGACGCGCGCAACUCGCUGGAGACGUACGUCUACAACAUGAAGAACACCAUCGGCGACAAGGACAAGGUGGGCGGCAAGAUCUCGGACGAGGAUAAGGAGACCAUUGAGGGCGCGGUGAAGGAGGCGCUGGAGUGGCUGGACGACAACCAGAGCGCGGAGAAGGAGGAGUAUGAGGACAAGCUCAAGGAGGUGGAGGGCGUGUGCAACCCCAUCAUGACCAAGCUCUACCAGGCUGGUGGCGGGCCCAGUGGCGGUGCGGCGGGCGGUGAGGAUGACGAGCCGGAGGACCAUGAUGAGCUGUGAGGGGGGAAUGACGGAAGCAGCGGGCGAUGCUUCGAGUAGUGGGGUUUAACACGCCGUCCUAGACCUCAAGCAGGUUGGACUAGGUUUGAGAUUACUAAGGUACUACCCUUGUAGGAUUUUGAAUACUGCGUUGAGCGGUGGCUCAUGCGUAAUCACUGCCUAAACCAUAUAAUACGUUGAUUCUCCUUGAUUUUGAAGAACUGUUUGUUGCAACUAUGUAACGGUAGGUUGUGUGGCUGUGUGGUAGCUGAGCUGCUAGCCUCCACCAGUAAAUAUGAUUGCUGGAACGGGUGAUGGGAUUGGAAAUAAUGCAUCCGGGUAACCUGGCCUGGUGCUUACGUCCUAAUGUAUUAAAGAUUAUUGUCCGCC